AUGGAUGAUCUCUUGAUUACCAGUAGCUGUGAGAAUAGUAUCUCAAGGUUCAAGAAGGAACUCAUGAGUGAAUUUGAGAUGACGGACCUUGGGAUUAUGAGAUACUUCUUUGGCAUAGAGUUCCAAAGGUCAAAAAUGGGACUGCUCAUGCACCAAAUGAGGUAUGCACUUGAAAUCUUGAAGAGGUGUGAAAUAGAGCAUUGUAAUGUUGCCAUUACACCAUGUGAGGAAAGGCUACAGCUAUCCAAGAGUGAGGAUGAGCAAGAUGUUGGUCCAAAUCAAUAUCGGAGAUUGAUUGGAUCAUUGCGGUAUUUGUGCAAUACGCGACCGGACUUGGCAUUUAGCGUCGAUAUUGCGAGUAGAUUCAUGGAGAAACCUAAGGUGUCUCAUAUGGGAGCAGUCAAGAAGAUCCUUAGAUAUGUUAAAGGAACUCUUGGAUGUGGAAUUCUCUUUCCGGCAUCAGAUACAGGCCGAAAGUGUUAUUUACUUGGUUUCACCGAUUCCAAUUGGUGUGGUGAUAAAGAUGAUAGAAAGUCAACAGCUGGAUACAUCUUUAUGUUUGGUAGGACACAAUCUCUUGGUGUUCGAAAAAGGAACCGGUGGUAG